AUGGACGCCUUACCCGUUGAGCUUUUGAGGCUCAUCUUUGGCUACUGUGACCGGCAAUCCGCCAGGCAUCUGCGCGAGGCCAACAGGACCCUGGCCAAUGUCGGUUACGAGUAUAUGCUGUCGCCGCGCUUCACUGUCCUUGCCUACCGGGAUGAUGUCGACCGCCUGCGCAAUAUUGCCCUGCACCCGCAGCUGAGGGGCAGCAUUGACUCGAUUGUCAUCAAUCUCUCUGACGUCGACGAUUAUGACGCGAGACACGCCGCAUGGUUGCAACACUUUAUCCAAUUACCGGAAGACCGUCAACUAACCCUGAGCAGUGCCUGGAAUGAAUAUCCAAAGAUUGCCGAGAACCGGAAGAAACUGGCCCAGUUCCAUACGAGGGCCGACGACCUGCGAGAAGCGCUCGCCGCCCUUCCCAAUCUGAAGUCAGUGUCUGUUACCUUCACCGAGUGUCCCGUCGACAAUGCCGUUCUGCGCGACGUCUACGGUGUGCCGAGCUGCCGAAGGAUGAACCGCGCCACCGCAUACGAGAACCUCAACGCCAUCGUCGCAGCCUUGAACGGGCUGCCACUGACCUCGCUAUCCAUUGACUGGUUUCCCUUGGAGAUGCUGAAAACGCCCGUCCACCGGAGACACUGGUUCACACACUCACGCUCGUUCAAGAGCCUCUCUCGGUUCGACCUGACGCUGGACCCGUCUGGAUUGCAAGGGCCUGCAGCUGCCAUGAAGGCCGUGAAUGGCCUUGGGUUUGUCUUGCAGCAGGCGGCAAAUGCCCGCACCCUGAGGGUUGCAUUUCACCCAUACUCGAGCCCGGAUUCGAAAUUUGCCAUCAACUUUAGGGAAAUGCUCAAUGGGUUUGUCUUUCCGGAAUUGGAGGAUUUGACCCUGGUGGGCAUGUCCUGUGAGGAGCGAGAUCUCAAGACUUUCAUCUCACAGCAUCGCGCGACCCUGCAGCGUCUGCGCCUAGGCGGCCGUGGACUGGCCAAACCCUAUCAAGCGUCACUCGGCGGCAUGCAUCUGCGUGAAGGAACGCUGAAGUCACUCUUCGUGGGGCUACGGUCUCAGCUUACAAAACUCGAGCGUGUGCAUCUCGAGGGCAUCUUUGAGUGCGAAGGACAGUACGAAACAUACAACUUCUAUCCUCUGACAAACGAGGACUGGGAGGAGGUGCCCCGGCCAAGCUGGGUGCACUCAUCCCGUGAGACUAUUAGCUGCCUUCCCUUUGAACAGUUCCUUACGGCAGGCCGACCAUAUCCUGGGAACAUGUUCGGUCAACAGAACAACAACUAA